ACUCUGAAACAAAUCUCGAACCCUAGCGUGCACGACCACUCUUCUUUUCCUCUCUAUCUAAAGAAACCGUACGUAACCGUGGGCGAUAGCACAACACAGUUCCCACUCUCUGCGAUGACCGGUCAACGUAGUUCUUACGGCAAACGCUCCCACUCUCACUCCGAUUCCGACGCCGGUUCCAAGAACAAGCGCCGGAAUCCAGCCGCCGAUGAAUCGUCUCUUAUCACAGCCGAAGACACCGUCUUCCGCUACCUCUGCCCCGUCCGCAAGAUCGGAAGCGUCAUAGGACGCGGCGGUGACAUCGUCAAGCAGCUCCGCGCCGACACCAGGGCCAAGAUCCGCAUCGGUGAUGCGCUUCCCGGUUGCGACGAGCGCGUCGUUACUAUCCACAGUUCCUCCGAGGAGACCAACAGAAUUGACGACACUAGUGAUCUUGUUUCGCCUGCUCAGGACGCGCUGUUUCGGGUUCACCAGCGCGUGAUAGCUGAGGACGCACGUGACGACGAGGAUGAGGAGAGGAACCAUGUCACUGCGAAGCUUCUCGUGCCAUCCGAUCAGAUCGGAUGCGUGAUCGGAAAAGGCGGCCAGAUUGUGCAGAAUAUCCGGAGCGAAACCGGCGCGCAGAUUCGGAUCCUUAAAGAUGAUCGAUUGCCUCCCUGUGCGCUGAGCUCUGAUGAACUUGUUCAGAUUUCGGGUGAGGGUGCGGUUGUGAAGAAGGCUUUGUUUCAAAUUGCAGCUCAGAUCCGUGAUAAUCCUUCACGGUCUCAGCACCUGCUUGCUUCUGCAGUUCCUGGUGGGUAUGCAGCUGGUGGUCCUGGUGCAGGGGCUCCCAUUGUUGGAGUGGCUCCUUUUGUGGGUGCUUAUGGAGGAUAUAAAGGAGAUGCUAGUGACUGGUCACGGUCUCUGUAUCCUGCCCAAAGGGAUGAAGCGUCUAUGAGAGAGUUUACUGUACGGUUUGUUUGUCCCACUGGCAACAUUGGUGGUGUGAUAGGAAAAGGUGGUGCCAUAAUAAAUCAAAUCAGGCAGGAUUCUGGGGCUACCAUCAAAGUUGAUAGUUCAGUGACGGAAGGAGAUGACUGCUUGAUAAUCAUUUCGACUAAAGAGUUCUUUGAGGAUUCUUUCUCUCCAACAAUAGAAGCUGCUGUGCGAUUGCUGCCCCGCUGCAGCGAGAAAGUAGAGAGAGAUUCAGGGAUUGUUUCUUUCACCACCCGUCUUCUUGUGCCAACGUCAAGAAUUGGUUGCCUUAUUGGUAAAGGAGGGACAAUCGUAACUGAAAUGAGAAGGCUUACAAAAGCAAACAUUCGCAUCCUUUCAAAGGAAAAUCUUCCAAAAAUUGCAUCUGAUGAUGAUGAAAUGGUGCAAAUUUCAGGAGACCUUGAUGUUGCCAAGGAUGCUCUUGUGCAGGCACUCACACGGCUGAGGGCAAAUCUUUUUGAUAAGGAGCGUGCUGUCUCAGGAUUCCUUCCAGUGCUUCCAUAUCUUCCAUCUUCUGUUGAUGGAUCAGACGGCUUGAACUAUGACAGUAGAGAUGGUAAACGGCAUGGACGUGGUGCAUAUUCUGGUGGCUAUGGAGGUUCAAGUGAUUUGGCAUCUGGUGAUGGUUAUGGAAGCUAUGGAAGUUCACAGCUUGGUAGUGGUGGUGGUGCUUAUGGAGCUUAUGGAAGUUAUUCUUUGGGACGGACUAGUGGCUAUGGGUCUUCUCAGAAUGGUUCUUCUCGGAGGAGAAACCAUGCUUACUAAAACUUGAUGGGUCCCUGCAGGUAUCAAUAUCUUCCUGACAUAAGCAAGAGGCUGUGCUGCAAUUUUUGACUUUGAUAAUUCAUAUUUAUGGAAUUAGUUCAGUACUUCAGAUAUGAUGAAUUAGAGGUAUGAUAUCUGUUUUAUAUAUGAAGUUGAUUGUAGCAUUGAAGCUUAGUGCUUUCUUGGCUAAGGUAAUGUGCAUUUGGAGUUAUGCAAAUUCUUUCACGAUUGAGAAAUAGAUUAAUAUCUUGUUUGUUGUCUUUUCUCCGCAAGGCCAAUAUAGUGCAAGGCCAAUAUAGUACAAGGCCAAUAUAGUACAUGGCCGGUCGUUGUUGUAAUUUCUAGUUCCUGUCAUAAUUUCGGCUUAAUUGUAAUUCUUUUUCGCGGAGAAGUUAUUGCCUCGACUUCUUGGGGUUUUCCUACCAAAACCAGUUUAUUUGAUGUGUAGCCCAUUAGAUUACUUACACAAGUAUUUAGUCUGUCCUAUGAUUCUAUUUAGAGACGUGUCUUCUUUACUGAGGGUAGAGGUUCCAGUUGGUGUCAAUUGAAAAACUACGUACCUCAAUGGGACAUUUGCCCCCUGUCAUUGAUUUUUUUAUGUCAGCAAAAAACAGAACUUGUUUUACCUCUUAGGCAUUUGCAUUUGCCCUCUCGUCACAGAAAUAGAUGAUAGACCUUCAACAAAAGAAACAUAGUUUUUUGGAUCUUUAAAGUAGGCUUUAUGUGAUUAUGGUCGAGUAAUUGCUAUAUAGUCAUGGUUGGGAUCGUGGGAUUCGAACUGUUACAUGGGAAAUCUGUAUUCAGAAUUGAGAAUUGAAAUUUAUCCUGAAUCAGAAAAUUAACGAUUAACUGAUUAAAAUUAUUGUAAAUAUAAAUAUCUAAUCCGAAAUAAAACUGAGAUUUAGUAUUUUUGAAAAAGAACUAUUUUUUUUCCUAUUUCUACCAUUUUACAUUACUGAAAAAUAUAUUAAAUGGUAUAAUUAUGGUAUCAUAUUAGAAAACAUUAUUAGGGAGGCUUAUUUUAAAAGUUGAUGUCAGAUGAGAGAAAAUAUUACUGAUGUAUCUUUUUUAGUCCUUUAUCUUACAAUCCAUGCUUGUCUUUAGUUUUACUUUCCAACCUAAGUAUAAAUUGAACCUAAGAAAGCGUUUUUAUAGUGAAGUAAAAAAUAAAUUAAAACCAUUAAGAUAGGAAGUGAGAAAAAUGCUAGCUUGCUAGUGUACGAUUUUGGAAUUCACUAAAUGGUUACUUGAGAUCGUUAAUUUAUUGGUGAAAGCUUGGUUCAUUCUAGAUGGAUUAUGGUUAGCCAUAUAUAUGUUGCGUAUAGAACGAUUGGCUACUUUCUUAAAGAUAUUUGGUAAUGAAUUUGGAAAAUUGAAGGUGAAAAAACAGUUCUGAAGGCCAAUUUAGGCAUUUAAAUUGUUUUUACAGCCUGUGGAACACGCAGGCUAUUUUGGUCCAUUUGCAGUAAGUGUUUGAUGAUCCUCGUGGGAAAUUGAAAUGGAAUUGUGGUAUGUAUAGUUUUUCUUUCCAACCCUUAUUCUCUGGAACUUAAUUGAAUCAGGGGAAUCACUUAUGCUACUCAUUUUGUCAGGUCAUUUCAACUAUGGAACAGGUAAGCCUGGCUUAAGGUUAUAUACAAUGCUCGGUCGUGCCAGCAGCAAAUGUGCUUUUCUGUGAGUUGGGAAUUCACAAACCUAAAAGUUAUGAAUUUUCUAAAUCCUGUGAUAUUUUAAAUUUUGAUGGUGAUGGAUUGCUUUGAAAAAUUAGUAUAGAGAAAAUCUGAUGCCCCUCAUUACCGAAGCUUGAGUUAUAGCUUUAGCAUCUUCUUUAUGAUUCUGUUCUCAUCGCUUUUCUUCCUUUUCCGGAUAGCUUGUUAAACGAAUUGGCAAAUCAGUGUAUGAAAAAAGGUGUUUGUAAAGGAUAA